AGCCAUCAGAACUUGUUUAGAACAAAUUAAAAAAGAUGUUGUUAGGGAAGCGUCCCCGCCCUUCGAUGAGGAGGACAACAAGCAUGACUGGGAUCACCGUUGAUCUGAGCGACGUGGAAGGCCAGGAACCGACGGAUGUGCAUGCAGCAGCAGCAGCAGCAGCAGCAGCGAUGGUGGUGGGCCCACAACAAGGGCCUGCUGCUGCAGUUAAUAAUAAUAAUAAUAAUAAUAUUGAGAGCAUGGACAUGAAGAACAACUUUGGGUACCAUGAACAGCACCGUUUCCUGGCCAUGUUGUCGCCCAGAAACAACCACCGAACAAACUCGGCUGCUCCUGACGUCGUUGAGACCGCUCACUUUCUUCGCACGUGCGGCCUCUGCAAACGCCACUUGGCUUCAGGCCGUGACAUCUACAUGUAUAGGGGAGACACCGCAUUUUGUAGCCUAGAAUGCAGAGAGCAACAAAUGAAGCAAGAUGAGAGAGUAGAGAAGUUUAAGGCCGUGGCCUCAAAGAAAGACGACCGCCACGCCUCGCGAUCCACCUCCACCAACUCCAAGGCUUCCGGUAAGAGCCAGACGGUGGCUGCCGCCUAAUUAAACAACAAAUGAUGAAGCCAGAAUUAUGUUGAAGAUUAUCAAACGUCAGUUACACAAUAUUGCACUGCUGGUGCAAACCCCCUUUUUCCUCAAUUGCCCCCCAUUGACGUUAUUUACAUAAUAGUACAACCGGGUGUGUUGCUAGCUACGAUCGCUAGCUGAUGAAUGUAUGAUUAUGUAAAGUUAAUUGUAAAAAGGUCGGUGGAGUGCAUUUGUUUUAUGGAUUCAAAUGGACAUUAUUGGCCAAAGUUUUCUUAUAUAUAUAUUAUGUGGUUCUAACCUUCGAACCUUAGCUUCUUA